AUGGCUCGAAUCCUCUCUGUAGGCCGCGCCCUACUGGCUGGUGUGGUUAUUGCAUCAGCAUCAGCUGCUGUGCCGGCACCGCCCAAGCCUGAGCCCAUCGAGGUCGUCGAGCUGCCAUUGCCUCCCGUUUCACCCAAUACGGCCCCGGGUUCUUGCAACUCGGACGUCAACCCGCGUGGCACCGGCUGUAUUGCACAGAAAGGAGGCGGUUCCACCCGUGACACCAUUGGCAUCCUCGCACAAGGCGACUUUCUUCCUGACGGCAAGCAUGUCCUGACCAUGGUCACCUUUGUGGGAGCCCCCAACGCCCCAGAUCCUGCGGCCAUCUUCAGCGGGGAGCAGAUCAUCAUCGUGAAGACGGAUAAUAAGAAGUUUCCCAACGGCGACACUUGGAAGUGUCUCACCUGCGGGAUCCCUGCGGCCAACGCCAAAAACAGGACAGAGCUCCUCGACUAUCCGCAGGCCUUCAACGACGGGAAGCGUAUUCUCGCCGGCGACAACAUCAUUGAUUGCGGCAAGCACCAUCUCACAAGCCCCAAGUGCACCCCAAAAGUCACCUUUAUGUAUCCCAUCCGCUGGGAAGCAUCUACCAAAGGUGGCGAGGGAGGCGACAUUCGCGAGCUCCGUCUCCAUCCCGACAGCGUCCAUCUUGGCUUCAGCUCCUUCUAUAACAGCAACGGAAAGCUAGGUCAGGCGGCAUAUUUCUCCAGGCUCCAGUUCAACCCAUCGCCCAAGACAGGCUUGCCUCUGGUCCCCCGCUACGACCUCGUCAGCGUAACUCGCCUUAUUGAUCCGGACGGUGUUGCCCCCCUCUCGGUCAAUGGAGACGAGCUUGAAGUCAACCGCGACGCCAUUACUGUUGGUGAGCUCCGUGGCUUCUCCGGCAGGGGAUACGAGGCCAUCUACGUAGGCUACCCUUGGGAGUCUUCCAAUAUUGACGUUUUUACCAUUCACCUGAAGACUGGCAACAUCCGCCGCUUAACCAGCCACCCAGAAUACGUCGAUCCGAUCCAUGUUUCUCCCGAUGAUAAAUGGUUUGUCAUUGAGGAUACGCGUGGCUCCGGCCGCCAAAUGUUCAUGGCCGGGAUGCGCGGGAUCCCGCCUGUAACCGACUUGGUCAGUACCAGCGUGACCACAGCAACGCGCAACAACGGCCCCCGACGCUUCUUCCAGCCGUUCCUUCUCGAUCACUAUGGUGACCGUGGUGAAUACUUUGGCCAGAAGAUCAACGGGCCUGGACGCGGCGUACCCGGCAGUGGUGAUAUCGACGACCCUGAAUGGAAUGCAAUGGCCGAGCCCAGAUGGAGCCCCUACGGAAAUGAGAUUGUGUACUGGCAGGCUCAGACCAUCUCUCCCGAAUGUGGUGGAGACAACUCUCUGCUAUGUUACCCUUCCAAAGCACCUGGGGCCAGGACCUACCGUCUGAUGCUGGCUAAGUUGAUUAGUCGGGCACCCAAGAAGCUCCCUCCCGUCACGAAAGUAUCUGAUGAGAUCCCGUGGGGUGAACCUUACAUCCCGGGCAGUCUCCCAAAAGGCCGUGGUGAGCCAGCUGCUGGCGAAUACACUCUCAAGGGCAAAUUCGCAGGUUUUGCCGACGUUAGCUUCGUCAACCGAGAGGGCGACCCUUCCGCUCCGAUUGGCACUGUUGCUGCGAUAUACCACAAUUUCUCGGACGAUGGAACGUCCUUUAUUAAUGGAUGGGAGAACGUCACUUCUCGGUCACUUUCUCCAACCGUCAACGUCGUUGACUGGUACUCGGACCUAGUGCAGACAGGUGAAGAUGAAUACCUCGCUACCAAAAAGACCAGUCCUGAUGGUUUCCACUUGAGGAUUGACGUGCUGACGAAUUAUUUCAACGCAAAUGGCACACUUACCACAACCAUCAAUGGCAAGGAUUACAAGCAGCCCGCGAACAACACCUAA